UCUGCGAUGGAUUGAAGAUUAUUGCACUUCAAACUACUAUAAUAGGCAAAAAAACAAGAUUACUUUUUUAGUGUUCGACAAGGCUUCGGCAGAACUAAAAGCCGACAAAAUGUGGCUUUAUACUGUUGCUGUCUUGGCGCUCGCUUCUCUGAGCAGCGCGUGCACACCCAGUGUAACCGCAGUCAGCGGUACCCACGCUCCAGCCAGCUUCUGUGCUGGAGACCUCAUCUUUUCCGACGACUUCAACGAAUUUGAUCUUGAAAAGUGGCAGCAUGAGAACACGCUUGCAGGCGGUGGUAACUGGGAAUUCCAAUACUACAACAACAAUAGGACAAACUCUUUCACCAACAAUGGAUUAUUGUACAUUCGUCCCUCUCUGACCGAAGAUCAAUUUGGAUCUGCGUUCAUGACCAGUGGUCGUCUGAACAUCGAGGGAGGUGCACCAGCUGACAGAUGCACAAAUCCCCAAUGGUGGGGUUGCGAGCGUACCGGCUCCCCGACUAACAUACUGAAUCCCAUCAAAAGCGCACGCCUUCGCACCGUAGACUCCUUCAGUUUCCGAUAUGGAACCGUGGAGGUCCGGGCUAAGAUGCCAGCUGGAGAUUGGUUAUGGCCAGCUAUUUGGCUUAUGCCCGCUUUCAACGUGUAUGGAACAUGGCCAGCAUCAGGGGAGAUCGACUUAGUGGAGUCCCGCGGCAACCGCAACAUGUUGUUCAACGGUGUCCACAUCGGCACUCAGGAGGCUGGCUCCACCCUGCACUAUGGACCUUACCCGGACCUCAAUGGAUGGGAAAGAGCGCACUGGCUCAGGAGGAACACAGCUGGAUACGAUUCCCAGUUCCAUCGCUACCAAGUUAUUUGGACACCAGAUUUGAUAAGAUUCAGCAUCGACGAUGUGGAGCUCGGCCGAGUCAUGCCUGGCAACGGAGGGUUCUGGGACUUCGGAGGCUUCAACAGUAACCCGAAUAUUGAGAACCCGUGGCGGUUCGGGUCCAAGAUGGCGCCCUUCGAUCAAAAAUUCUACAUCAUCAUUAACGUGGCAGUCGGAGGCACGAAUGGUUUCUUCCCUGACGGCGUCACCAACCCCACCCCCAAACCCUGGUGGAAUGGAUCUCCUACGGCCGCAACCGACUUCUGGAACGGAAGGACCAACUGGCUCCCGACCUGGAGACUGGACCAGAAUGACGGGCAAGACGCUUCUUUGCAAGUGGACUACGUGCGUGUAUGGGCUAUAUAAAUUAAAUACCAUAUACAAUAAAUUAUGUGAUAUGAUCACGAAA